GAGAGAAAGAAGAGAGAGAAUAGACGUACGGUUGACUCACCAAUUUUAUUAUCAAAGAAUUUUCGGUCUCUUUUAUCAUAAUCUAUCGCCGGCCGAUAUUCAGACCUUUUCUCUCUUCUUUCUCCUUCGUGUUCUUAGCAAGUAUCAGCAGAGAGAGAGAGAGGAGAGAGAGAGAGAUCACUCUGUCGGUGUAACUGGAAGGAGUCGACUGAUUUUCACGCACAUCUGAGGUUCAAAGGCAUUAUGGGCUGUUUUAGCUGUUGCGGGGAUGAUGAUUUCAACAGACCUCCUGAAGGAGGAGCGCAAUACAGUAGAAACCAACCAGGGAAUCAUGGGGGAUAUCAUUUCACUGAAGCUGCUCCUAAGGGUCCAACUGUGAAGAUUCAGCCAAUUGAAGUCCCUACCAUUUCAGUAGAUGAGUUAAAGGAAAUUACUGAUAACUUUGGGACUACUGCUUUAAUUGGAGAGGGGUCAUAUGGAAGAGUAUAUUAUGGUCUUCUGAAGAAUGAAAGAGCUGCAGCCAUCAAGAAGUUGGAUGCUAGCAAGCAACCAGAUGAUGACUUUCUAGCUCAGGUCUCUAUGGUGUCUCGUCUGAAACAUGACAACUUUGUUGAAUUGCUUGGUUACUGUGUUGAGGGAAAUCAGCGUGUCCUUGCCUAUGAGUUUGCAUCCAAUGGUUCUCUGCAUGAUAUUCUUCAUGGAAGGAAAGGUGUUAAAGGAGCACAACCGGGCCCUGUCCUCUCAUGGGCUCAACGGGUUAAAAUUGCUUCAGGAGCUGCUAAGGGCCUGGAGUACCUGCAUGAAAAAGCAAAUCCUCACAUUAUCCAUAGAGAUAUUAGAUCAAGCAAUGUACUACUCUUUGAUGAUGAUGUUGCUAAGAUUGCUGACUUUGAUUUAUCAAAUCAAGCUCCUGACAUGGCAGCUCGUCUCCACUCCACCCGUGUUCUUGGAACAUUUGGCUAUCAUGCUCCUGAGUAUGCAAUGACUGGACAAAUGAAUGCGAAAAGUGAUGUAUACAGCUUUGGUGUUGUUUUGCUCGAGCUUCUGACUGGACGUAAACCUGUGGAUCAUACUUUACCUCGUGGUCAACAAAGUCUUGUGACAUGGGCAACUCCUAAACUUAGUGAAGACAAAGUCAAACAGUGCAUUGAUGCAAGAUUGGGUGGCGAGUAUCCUCCCAAGGCUGUAGCAAAGAUGGCUGCGGUUGCUGCCUUGUGUGUACAAUAUGAAGCAGAUUUCCGGCCUAACAUGAGCAUUGUGGUGAAGGCCCUGCAGCCACUUCUAAACACUCGGGUUGGACCCCCCGUGAAUGGUGAAUCUGCCAAUCCAUGAUUGUUGUUUGGUAAUUGUGAACUCUCUCGCUCUCUUUCGGUUACUCCUUUCCAAAAAGGAAAAGUGCGAAAAAUUGUUUUGUCUUGGUAUGAUUGUAAUCGAAUGAUUAUUCCAUUGUUUGGGGGAUUAUUUUAGAAAAAAAAUCUUAAUAUUAUGAGGUACUUUGUGCUGUUGAUAUGUUGAAUUCUUUGGUACUCUUUAGGAAGAUAAGUUAAAAGGUUUGAUUAUUGA